CGGAGCGAGUACGCUUCCGUUUCUGGUUUUCUUCUAGUGUUUGUUUCUACGCCGCCGGCCAAGAUGAACCGAUUCUUCGGAAAAGCGAAACCCAAGGCUCCGCCACCUAGCCUGACUGACUGCAUUGGGACGGUGGAUAGCAGGGCAGAAUCCAUUGACAAAAAGAUUUCCCGAUUGGAUGCUGAGCUAGUGAAAUAUAAGGAUCAAAUCAAGAAGAUGAGAGAGGGUCCUGCCAAGAACAUGGUCAAACAGAAAGCCCUGAGGGUUUUAAAGCAAAAGCGGAUGUAUGAGCAACAGCGAGACAACCUUGCCCAACAGUCCUUUAACAUGGAGCAAGCUAAUUACACCAUCCAGUCACUGAAGGACACUAAGACCACGGUUGAUGCCAUGAAAUUGGGAGUAAAGGAAAUGAAGAAGGCAUAUAAGCAAGUGAGAGUUGACCAGAUUGAGGAUUUACAAGACCAACUGGAAGAUAUGAUGGAAGAUGCAAAUGAGAUCCAAGAAGCAUUGGGGCGCAGCUAUGGCACCCCAGAGUUGGAUGAGGAUGACCUGGAAGCAGAGCUGGAUGCGCUGGGCGAUGAGCUUCUGGCUGAUGAAGAUACUUCUUACCUGGACGAAGCAGCUUCCGCACCUGCAAUUCCAGAAGGUGUUCCCACUGAUACAAAAAACAAGGAUGGAGUACUGGUAGAUGAAUUUGGACUGCCACAGAUCCCAGCUUCGUAGACUUGCAGCAUCCAACACGUGAUGUACAAAAACGAAAAACAAAACAAAAAUAAACCUAUUCUGGGACUAGGAAAUAUUUCCUAAUUUGCCAAACAGAUUUAGGUUUCUCUCCUUUCUUUGAAGGAAAAGCUAAUUAUACUGCUCCUGUGUUUGUUAGUUUUUUUUUUUUAUUUUUUUCCAUUAAGAACUUCAUUGCUUUGGAGGAAGCUUUCUUUCACUAAAAUUUGAUUUUUUUUUUCUCUUAGGAAAGACUAACUGAAAAGUACCUUUGACUUUGUAUGACUUGUUUCCAUUAAUUAACAGUAGUUUGAAAUAAAACCAAGGAAAUGAAACGCUAAAUUCUAUGGUAGUUUAAAUGCAGUCUCAGUGACUUGAUACAUUGAUAAGGUAAAGAUUAUUGGUGAGACUGAGACUGUUGAUAGUAUGCUUCAAAACCAUUGUCCAUUGUGAUAUUGUAGGUGGGUUUAAGUGAUGGCUUCUUUUGAUAGGUUUUGUUGUGUCAUGUGAGCAAGUUAUACUCUGCUUAAUGUUGAAAUGAACUGUCACUACUGAAUCAUGAGUUGCUAUUUUGAUUCCAUGGUUCCCUCAGUAUUAUAGCCUGACUUGUAAUGAAUAAUGAAUAUUUCUUGAUAUUUAAUAUAUAGGACAUUUAUUUAUAUUCAAUAAAUAUUUUUCAAAAGGU